AUGCCAGAUUGCGGUGCGAGACGCUGCAAAGCAGGACGUCGACAGGAAUUCAGCACUUGCAAUCUUACCGCUUGCCCUAUCGAUAAACAUUGCGUGGAGUUACUCGCUCAAAACAAACUCUGCGAUGGGCGAGCUUGUAUAAAACCUGAAGCCGCUCUGGCCGGAUGCAGAGAGCCGCAAUGUUGUCCUCCAUUCAUCAAUGUCAAUGGAACGUGCCAAAGCGAUGAAGAACACUUUAACGACUUUGUCAGCAAAAAAUGA